AUGGUUUCAUUCGUUUUGGUGGAAGCGGAGUCUCAAGACGUUCUUAUGAAUCUCAUUCAGUACCUAACCGGAAACUCGUUAAAGUUCACUGUGGCUUCGGACAUUCGCAGGCUUUUUGCACGUACGUAUCUGGAUGUAGAUGGCAAUUGCGCGGCUGAUGUCUCGUCCUCAGGCAUCGACGGGAAUCUUCAUCACAGAGCUGAUAUCAACAUCUCAUCUGGUGUUCCAUCCCAGUUCAAUGGUGUUGUGCCGAAUAUCUUUGGAAUGAUGGCGAAAACCGAGCCGGAGUCGCAAUUUGGUCGUUGGCUGUCACAGAGUGCAGCUUCUCAAGAACCGAUGCCAUCGGAGGUGCUAUGUGACACGUCGUCGUACCUAGGAGCAUAUCCAUCCGUUAGCACGAAUUCACUCGAGUCGCGAGCUCAUCAGAUUUUUGCUGCCGAUACUAACCAACAGCGUGGUCACAAGCGCUCAUGGCACGGUCAUCACAAUAACAACUCGAAUCUUCCACCAAACCAAGUUUCACUAAAUUCAAAAUGUGAAGAGCCCGAGAAAAAGGAGAAGUUGCGUGAGGUUGCCUGUCAGCUUUGUGGAAAGCGGAUAACUAUGCGUCGCUGUAACCUUCGCCAUCACGCCGCUGUUGUUCACUCUGGUAUCGAAAGGUAUGUUUGUCGAUGUGGCUAUGCUACGGUGCACCGGAAUACCAUUAUUCGUCACAUGCUGAAACAUGCUAGCGUGGAAAGCGAGAAAGACUAUGAGUUUACGGAUAUGCUGACCCCAGCGGAAGCGGAACAAAUCGAGAAAUUAGCGGAAGAGUGCUUUCGAGAGUAUCGGAUCGUACCGCGAAGCAAUGAAGAGCCUGACGAUUUAGUUCGAUCUAUUGAAAACAUUGCUAGUGGCAUCGAUGGCCAUACUGGGGAAAUGGAUGCCCAUAGUCAGGAACUGAAUACUCACAGUCAGGACCUGGAUAUUCAUGUGUCAAAGCGACGUUACACACUCUUCAUAGUUGUUUCUAGUUGUAUGUCAUUACUAUCGGAAACCACGCACCACGAGUCGCACCACGAUUAG